AUGGACAACAGUCACAUGUUAGCAACCAUAGAGAGAAAAAUGUGCGCUGUUGAUAGGAAGAAUUGGUUUAGAUACCAAGAAUCAGAGAAGCAAGCUGCAAGCUUUGAAACUUUGUUGACAUGGCUGAACCUGAAAAUGAAAGCUAGGAUGAGAGCGUCAGCACCAUUGAGAUCACAGAUGCAAAGUGAAGGAAAGUCAGCAAAUGUUCAUCAUUUGUCAUACAAAGAAAAGAGCAAACCAGACCAUAGUGAUAGAUACCAUGAAGAGCAGCCACGAGACAGAGCUCAGAGACAACAUCGCUGCUGGCAUUGCAAGACUGAUGAACACUGGGUAGAUCAGUGUAAGCGUAUAAUCUCUAUGGCUGCCCCAGAAAGACUGAAGUUCUUCAAGGAGAAUAGAUGCUGCUUUAGCUGCCUAAAGAAAGCAGGGAAAAACCACUACAUAGCAAACUGUAGAAGGCAGAAAUGUUCAGAGCAAGGGUGCACUUACUAUCACCAUCCUUUGUUGCACUUUGAAGCCAGUCAACAGAUGGAAAAUGAGAGCGGUAAAAAUGACAUUAACGUUGCCACUACAGUUGGAGCAUCGUUGCUGCCAAUCUUAUCCAUAGACGUUGACAGUGAUACUAGAGCAAACAUCCUGUUAUAUAGCGGCUCACAAGUUAGUUUGAUCAAAAAUUCACUCGCCGAGAGACUCCAGUUGAAAGGCACCAAAACGAGCAUCACAAUCAAAAAGCUUGGCGACGUUGAAGAAGAGUUGGAAACUUUCAGAUAUAGAGUGCCGAUUAGAGAAGCAAACACAACCAAGAAACACCAGAUUAUUGAAGUUGUCGGCGUCCCUUCAAUAACAGAGGAAGAAGCUGUUAGUCUGAAAGACCUCGCAGAUCAAUUUAAUAUCCCUAACCUGAACAGAGAUAGUGGGCCAGUGGAGAUCUUGAUUGGAAUAGAUCAUCCAAAAUACAUAAUAGGUGGUGAACUAAAGAAGAGAGGUAACUGCAUAGCAAGAAAGACUCCAUUAGGAUGGGUGAUCUUUGGUGGCACAGAGAAGCGAACCACAUGUGUCAAUGUCCUUCAUGUAGCAGUUCAGAGUCCAGACUUGUCAGAGUUUUGGCGAAUGGAAUCUCAAGGUGUAAGUUGUCAGUGCCAAGAGACUAAGUUAACCAUUGAUGAACAGGAAGAGGAAGAGAUCAUCAGAGCUUCUUCACAGAAGGAAAGCAGUGAAAAUCCUUGA